UAGAGAUUUAUCUGAAAACCAGUUGCGUGCAGCACUUUCUAAUCUCUGUACGCUGUCAAUCAAACAAAUUACUUAGGUUUUAAAGUAAUCUAUUAAAGAUUUAUCAGUUUACUUCGAUUGUCGGAAUCGAAACCAGUGUGUAUAGUACAUAGAAAUUAGUCUCAGAUAAUUAUGAAGUUUAUUCUUAUUUUUGCCUGUAUGUUAACGGGGGCUUUAGCCCUCGACGAGUGCUACCAAGACGUGUCAUUGGACUGCAGCCAAUCGUCGGACGGUCUAAUCCUCCAACGGUGCAACGCGAAAUACGCUGAUUACACCCGCUACGGUAACGUUGCAACAGAAAUGCAAGCGUACGCCAACUUGCACUUGGAGAGAUCGUACGAAUACAUGCUAUCCGCUUCAUACUUCAACAACUACCAGACAAACAGAGUCGGAUUCAACAAGCUGUUCAAGAAACUGUCCGACGAAGCUUGGGAACGCAGCAUUGCGAUCAUCAAACACGUGACAAUGAGAGGCGAUGAGAUGAAUUUCGCUCAGCGCAGUAUACUGAAGCCUGUUGUACGGAGAAACUUCAUCGCUGAGGUGAAUGAACUGGAGUCGCUGGCUAAGGCUUUGGAUACACAGAAGGAGCUCGCCGAAAGAGCCUUCUACAUCCACCGUGAAGCUACCAGGAACAGUCCACAUUUGCACGAGCCCGAGAUCGCUCAAUACUUAGAAGAGGAGUUUAUAGAAUCGCAGGCGCAGGCGGUCCGCAAUUUGGCCGGUCACACGUCUGACCUCAAGAACUUCAUCGCUAGCAACAAUGGCCAAGACCUGUCCCUAUCUUUGUAUAUGUUCGACCAGUAUUUGCAGAAAACGGUCUAAAUCUAUGUGAUGUAACUGUGGUAGUGAUGUUGUAGCCAAUACUCAUUUAGGUAUUCCAAAAACAAUUUUUGUAGAUUCAAGAUUUUUUUGUUUACUACAUCACUAGUACAAAUAUAGGAUGAUAGAAAAUAUUAUGUUUAAUUAUAGUACUUGCAUUCUA